UCCUGCUCCCCAUCGCGGCCACUAACAAAAGGCAAGAGGCAGCCAGCACCCGGGGGGUGAUGCGAGAGGGAGUCGCUGCCCCCCCCGCCUCCCUCCCUCCCCUUUCUCCCCCCCUCACUGCAGACCACCAGGACGCGGGGUUUGCUCCUUGCCCUGGGGGAUCCCGCUGUGGCCGCAGCUUCCCCGGCACGCCGGGGGGAGCCCUGGGGGAGCCCCGGGUUAGAGGGAGGGGAAUGAAUGGAGCCCGUUCUUGCGUCCAAUUGCAUCAAAUACAUUCUUGAAAGCAACCUGGUUCUGCUUAACACUUGAAUUUCGAGAGAGAGAGGGGAAAAAAAACAAAAAAAACAAAAAAAAAAAACAGAGGGAAGAGGAAAAAAAAAGAGAGGCAGCAGCUUGGAGAGAGGGUGUAUGCGAGCUCGCGUUUUUUUAUUCCUGCAUUCCUGGACACCAAUCAAAAGAGCAAAUCAAGGGAGGUGGAAGGGGGGAAAGGCAGCAAGCAGGGGAGCCGGAGCGUGGUGCGAGCCGUGCACACACUCACACACCAAAAGCACACAGCCCGGACCGCUGCUGGCACCUCACACCCAAGCAAACCCAAACCAAAACAAAUAGGGGGGGGGGGGGGGAAGUAAGCAGAGCAGAAGAGAGCCGGGGCAGAGCGGAGCAGCAACCUCGGCCGGGUGUCCAUCGGCGCGGGGCUGAGCGCUGCAGCAGCACACUGCCGGGCUCCCCGCACCCGCAGACCUGCGCCCUGACUCUACUAUGCUAAAUGUGGCUGGGGAGCCCCCAGGAGACUCUUGGGGGAUCUUUGCCUUUCUGUGUGCCGCGCUCUGCAAUCUGCCAGCGGUGCCUGCGCUGAACGGCACGGAGGAGCUGGGUGCUGGCCAGUCCAUACAGAAGACCUACGACCUGACCCGCUACCUGGAGCACCAGCUCCGCACCCUUGCCGGCACUUACCUGAACUACCUGGGCCCUCCCUUCAAUGAGCCUGACUUCAACCCCCCACGGCUGGCGCGGGCCGAGCGGGUGCCCAGCGCCACGGUGGACUUGGACCUGUGGCGGGGCCUGACGGACAACGCGCGCCUGGCGGCCAACUACCGUGCCUACAGCCGCCUGCUGUGCUACCUGCGCGGCCUGGAUGGCCAGGUGGGCACGGUGGAGCUGCGCCAUCGCCUGGGCCACUUCUGCUCCAGCCUGCAGGGCCUGGUGCUCAGCAUCGCCGGCGUCAUGUCCUCCCUGGGUUACCCACUCCCUGCCGGCCCCGCCGGCCCCACGCUGCCCCCCGGUGCUCCCACAGCCCCCAACGACUUUCUGAAGAAGAUGGAUGACUUCUGGCUGCUGAAGGAGCUGCAAACGUGGCUGUGGCGCUCAGCCAAGGACUUCAACCGCCUCAAGAAGAAGGUGCCACCGGCUGUGGUCACGCUGCGCAUCGAGGCCAGGGGCUUCUGAGGGCCCCCACCCCACAGCAUUGUGGCACCUCUUGGCCUCAGUGAUGGGGAUCUCAGCCCUACAGUGCCACUGAGGCCAGGACGCAUCCCCACCAUCAGCCUUUGGCCUUAACAGAUGGGGAUCCUGACCCCAAAGUGCCACCCAAGGUAGCCCAUGUCCCGCUGUCACCAUUGAGCCUUAACAGACGGGAAUCCUGGAGUGCUACCAAAGUCACCCCACAUGUUCCCCAUCACCUCACUGUGCCUUCACAUAUGGAGCUCCCCAUCCCAAAACACCACCAAAGCCACUGCAGGUCCCCGCCAUCACAUCGCCACCAUCGCCACUGUGCCUUAACAGACGGGGCUGCCAGACCCCAGAGUGCCACCAAAGCCACCCCAAAGUGCCUUUUAUAUCCGCAUAGUGCCACCAAAGCCACCCCACGUCCCCACCACCACUGCUCAUCGAGGGGCAGCUCUGAUCCCAAAGUGCCCCCACAUCACCGUGCCGUAACAGACGACCUUCCUGCCCCAAAGGGCCACGAACCCAC